AUGGCCACUGGGGUGUGUGGAAAUGAAGUAAAAUCCCAAGUGUAUGCUCAACAGAAAAAGAUUUGUUGUGGAGGGGAACUACAUGACUUACCAAAACAUCACAACCAUCAUGGUCCAGAUCCUAAAUGUUGUGGGGUAGAUGUUAUUUUUGAUCCCGGUUCCAGCUUCUGUUGCAAUAACAAAACUUAUCAACAGUCGGAGCAGUUUGCUUAUUGUGAUGACAAUUAUGGCUUGGAAGUUGCUGUUGGACGUGGUCAGAUAGUCUGUAAACAAUUGAUGCCAAAUCGAACUUUAUACCAGUUACACCGAUGGCAGACAGGCUAUGAAUGUUGUGGUACUAAUCUGUUUAACACAAACAGUCACUUUUGCCAGGGAGAUGAAAUCUGGCCAGUUGGAGUAGUAAUCUCUGAAUGUGGGGAGGAGCUAUAUGAUCAGAAUAAAUAUAUCUGUUGUGAAGAUACUUCCGAGCUGAUACCAAAACCUGGUCCAGAUUUUAUCAAAGCAAAAUAUUUGGAAAUUGAAACAGACUUUUCAUGUUUGAAUGGCACAGUUGUAAACAAGGACUUAGAACACAUUGUUGAGAAUAACAAUAAGAAAUCUGUGGUUCAAAACAACUUUCUACCUUGUGGUGAUGAUCACUUUGACCCGGAAAACAAGAGAACACAGGUAGCCUGUUGUAACGGUGUGGUCAACCACGCAAAGCCGGGAAUGAAUGUAACAUGCUGUGGCUCUGAGUUCAUUGAUACAGACUUGUACAAGUGUUGCAACGAUGUAAAGAUUGGGGCAACAAAGUUGUGUUGUGGAAAUCAAAUAUAUGAACGCACUAGUGGCCUUGAGUGUUGUGGGACCAAGCUGAUAAACAACUCUUACCUCUGCUGUGAACCACAAUCAAGUAAAAGAAUGCCAGUCAAAAAGAAGCCGGGACACAAUAGGUGUUGUGGGAAGCAGACUUUUUAUUAUGACCCGAAUGGAAAAGAUGAAUGCUGUGGAGGAAUGAUUAUCAAACUGGAACAAAAUCAGGUCUGUAAAAAUGAUCAUAUUGUUACAUUUAGUCCUUUUGACCCAGAAGAGGUGAAAGAUCAGAUAAAAAAGUUGCCAUCAGUUAAGCUACCAGGUGAAAAUUUACCAAAAGGAAUCAUUACCCAUGCUUGCCCUUCCUGUACCACAUAUUCGGACCCACCGAAGCAGUGUGUAAAAAAGUUUGAGUACCAGGUAUACAUUAGGAAUAUCAGCACUAAACGAACCAGCACCAUUAUGGAUGUUCUUUUCCUGGAACCAAACAUUCUGAGCAAAGUCAAAAUGGUCUUCCGCACAAAGGGUCAUUGUCGCUGCUUCAAAGUAGAUGAGGUAUAUCUGUUUCAGACCAACAGAAAUAUACGUGCAAAAGUGACAUCUGGACACAUGAAGCUGAGGUUCUCUAAAAAGGACAUAUUUCAUUUAAUUAAGGGAAAGUUUCCUAAGUACAAAGUGGAUCAGAAAUGUACAAUAGACAGGUAUUACAGAAAGCCUAUAGUAUCUUAAUGAUAGGUUAAGAUUUAGGAAAUUUUAGCUAGUCAGAUCCAAUAGGUAUUGUCUCAGAAUUCCAGCUUUCUGAUUGGUUGAUUUCAAUACACUUAAAUUAUUUAACUGAAAAUGAAUUUUAGAUAUAGCACAUACAUAUUGCAUGUAAGCUGGGUCUUACAAUCUGUGUUAUUACUGAUGUUAAGUAUAAUUGAGCCGUGCCAUGGGAAAACCAACAUAGUGCAUUUGCGACCAGCAUGGAUCCUGACCAGACUGCGCGGAUGUGUAGGCUGGUCUGGAUCCAUGCUGGUCGCAAAUGCACUAUGUUGGUUUUCUCAUGGUGUGGCUCAUAUAAUCAUUAUAAACUCUGCUCAGAGUAAUGUCAUGAGCAUGAUGUUUUAUAAUCUCAUUUGCUAGAACUAUAGGUUGCUCAGAUUACUUCCCUUUGCUCAAACUCUUCCACCUCUCCUAACAAAAUCUCUGUGUAAAACAUAUUGUUUUAUCUCGGAUUACUUUAACACGGAAUUCUGGACAUUUUAAACCACACCUCCAAUUAAGAAGCCAAAGUCCAUUGUGAGAUUUUAAGAAUUCAUCUACUUAGUAUUUAAAAACUUUAAAAUACUCACUGACAGCAACAUGAUCUACUUUUAGAUGUGACAAAAUUCACUCUACAGACUUUCUCAUUGGCAUUACCAAGUAUAUUACAGGGUAAUUCUAACCAGUACCUUUUUCUGCAACCUUAUAUUCUGCUUGAGAGGAUAUCACACGAGCUUGUGUCAGUGUGACCUAGCCUGGCAGAAUCCACACGAGCUUGUGUCUGUGUGACCUAGCCUGGCAGAAUCCACAAGAGCUUGUGUCUGUGUGACCUAGCCUGGCAGAAUCAAGAGCUGAAUGCAUUAAUAUUGCAGAUCAAGAGACUGUUUUAAUGACUUAUCAUAAACGUUUAUAUAUUUCUAUUUUUUAUUAGCCAAAAUUGACUAUUAUUUUAGGUAAAUGAGACUAAAAUCUUGUCAUGAAAUGUUGAGACAUCAUUUCUGAUGUCAUAUUUAAAGUCACGACUGAAGCAAGCAGUCCUCACAUUGCUCAUUUUUUCAUAUCCGAUGAGAGUUGAAGAGAGGGUUUUGUACACUGUAUUUCAGACAGAAACUUUGUAGGUAUAUCAUAAAUUGGUGUACAUUCAUGUACAUGUAUUAAUUAGUCCCUGAAAUGAUAGUUUAUUACUAAUAUACCGCUACAUAUAAUCAAAAAAAAAUAUUUGUACUUUUAUUCAGUAUCAUGUUUUAAUGAUAUAGUAUUAUGUGCCAUAUGUCUUUUUUUUACAAUGAUUUAAUCUCUUUUUUUUUUUGGCAUUCAUGAAAAACGACACAAUUCUCAUAUAUUUUUGUAUGUCUUAUUUUUGGUAAUUGUUUAAAGAGAGCUCAUGAACAAAAGGUUUGUUUUUGUUUCUUUAAGUUCAUUCUUACAUACUCAAGUAUGGAUAAUGCAUGUUUAUGAUAUACCGGGUAACAUCUGCUGAAUCUAGAGGGACUGGUUGGUACCUAGCAUGAUAGAGCAAGGACCGGGUAACAUCUGCAGACUCUAGAGGGACUGGUUAAAAGGGAUUCUGCAUGUACCGGUAUAUUGAUAAGCAUACAUUUCCUGUGUUUUAAUUAUGCAUUACAGGGCCAUAAUACCGUCCUGUUUUGUAUUAACAGCACAUGUUCUCCUUAACACACCAUCACUUUUCUGUAAAAACACUUCUUGAAAAUGACAAAGACAGUAGUUUUUAAUGCUACGAUGUCCAUUUUGGAUAAUCAAAUCCUUGACAUACAACAUCAAAACAAUAUGAUCGUAUAAAUCAGUGAUAAUGCAGCUAAGUUUUUGUUUAGUCCCAUCCAGCAAUCACACAUUGUACUACAAUUGUUUACAGAGUUGUUUUAGUGCUAUAACUGUUAAAGAAUAUCAAGGAUAUUGUAUGUAUAAAUUUCCUUACUUAACUACAUGUUUUGUAAAAUAUUUACACUGUUAAAAGGAAACAAUCUGUUGUUAAAGAUAUCAUAUUUACUUUGUGCAAUUCUGUAUAUAUCAUAUUUGCUGAUUAUUUAAUAUGUUAUAGUCAGGUUCAGAAUAACCUGCCGGGCAAACUUACAUGUUUAUAGCAUUACUAUAUAUGUUGCUAAAUUUCUAUAAUGAACUUGUCCAUCUUUCAAUUUGGACAGUACCAUUGACUGUUAAAAAGAGGUGCUUACCGAAAAAGAUAAUAUCUAAAUGGCAACAGUGCAGAUCUUGAUCAGACUGCAUGGAUGUGCAGCCUGAUCAUGAUCUACACUGGUCACAAAGGCAUAAUCAAUCGUGUCCAGCAGGAUAAAUGUUAAGAGUGUUCAAAAUUACAUGUUUACGUUGAAUAAAUUUAGGAGUGCCUAAAUAUUAAGGUGUCUGUUCUAAGAUUGUUAUAUUUAUUGAGUGUCCAAAUAUACAAUGCUGUCUCUUUUUAUGUGAACCAAUGGCCAGUACAUCAAUCCCAUUUGGACUGCUGUAGCAAUGUACCCAUUUCCAGUUUUCUCAGACAUCUCUCAUUUUAAUUGAUUUGCACAUUACUGUUGCCUGACAGGUGAUUUUGAAUUCUA